AGCUCUGCGUUUGACUUGCGAAGCACUGCUUUCUGUGGAGGGCGGAACCAUUGUGUCUGUCCGCGUUGAGCACCGGACCGAUUUGUGCGCUACACCCAAAGGAAAAACCUUUGGCCCUCAGCAACCAUGGCCGGGUCCGAGGCGGAUUCAAAGGCGCCGAUAAUGAAGCACCGCCGCACUACACUCGAACGGGUCGAAAAGUUUGUCUCCGGGACGUAUUUCCUCGACUGCAACCUCCGGGGAAGGUUGUUUGGCGAUACCUGCUCAUUGACAGCUCUCUCUUGCUUUGAAACUCCAAAACGAAUUCCAUAUGAUGAAGCAGUCAGGCAAGAAUUCAGACCUAUAAAAGUGGGGGAUGCUUUUGGACUCACGUGGCACACCUGCUGGUUUAAAGUAGAGCUCAGCGUCCCCAGAGAAUGGACAGGAAAGGAAGUCCACCUUCUUUGGGAAAGCGAAGGAGAAGGAAUGGUUUGGAGGGAUGGCCAACCUGUUCAGGGUUUGACUACAGAAGGUGAGAAGACCAGCUACAUAGUGACAGACAGUCUAAAGGAGACAGAUUCUCACAGCCUGACCCUGUAUGUGGAGGUUGCCUGCAAUGGUCUCUUUGGAGCUGGAAAGGAUAGCAUGAUCGCACCUCCUGAUCCAAACAAGAAAUUCUCCUUGCACAAAGCAGAGCUGGUGGUUUACAACAGGGAUGUCCAUGAACUUCUGGUGGACUUUGAGAUCCUUCUCGACAUGGCCAAGCUUCUUGGAGAAGAAAACCAGCGGAGUUUCCAAGUCCUUUAUGCAGCCAAUAGGAUGGUUAACCUUUGCGAUGUUACCAACCCAUCGACUUUUCAUGCAGUUCAUGAACUUGCCUGCUCUGUCUUCAGUCAGAAGAAUGGAGAGAGUCAGCAUACCAUCCAUGCAAUGGGCCACUGCCACAUUGAUUCUGCCUGGCUAUGGCCUUAUGAGGAGACGAUUCGUAAAUGUGCACGGAGCUGGGUGACUGUCGUUCAGCUAAUGGAGAAAAACCCAGAGUUCACCUUUGUGUGCUCACAGGCUCAACAGUUUGAAUGGGUGAAGAACUGGUAUCCUGGAUUAUAUACUGCAAUUCAAAAUUUUGCAAAACAAGGACGUUUCAUACCUGUUGGAGGCACCUGGGUGGAAAUGGAUGGGAACCUUCCAAAUGGGGAAUCCAUGGUUCGUCAGUUUCUGCAAGGACAGAGAUUCUUCCAGCAAGAGUUUGGCAAGAUGUGCUUAGAGUUCUGGCUGCCAGAUACAUUUGGCUACUCAGCCCAACUGCCACAAGUGAUGCGUGGAUGUGGGAUAUCACGUUUCCUGACUCAGAAGCUUAGCUGGAACCUUGUGAACACUUUCCCGCACAAUACCUUUCUCUGGGAAGGAAUUGAUGGCUCCCAGGUAUUGGCUCACUUCCCGCCUGCAGAUUCCUAUGGGCUUUCUGGUUGUGUGGAGGAGAUGUUGAAGACUGUGAAGAAUAAUAGAGACAAGGGUCGUGUGAACCACAGUGCUGCUCUCUUUGGUUUUGGAGAUGGAGGUGGUGGCCCUACACAGAAAAUACUGGACAGGCUAAAAAGAAUGAAGGACAUGGAUGGCUUGCCUAGGGUUCAGAUGUCAACACCGGACCAGCUUUUCUCUGCUCUGGAGAAGGAAAAGGUUCAGCUGUGUACUUGGGUUGGAGAAUUGUUCCUGGAGCUCCAUAAUGGCACAUAUACCACUCAUGGGCAGAUCAAAAAGGGGAAUUGGGAAUGUGAAGUUCUACUCCAUGAUAUCGAGGUUCUGAGUAGCAUUGCUCUUUCAAGGAAAAGUUCUUUCCAGUACCCUUCUGCAAAGCUUCAGCAUCUCUGGAGAUUGCUGCUCCUUAACCAGUUCCAUGAUGUCUUGCCAGGCAGUUGUAUCCAACUUGUAGUCGAGGAUGCCAUGAGAUACUAUGCAGAAAUUCAGAGUUCUGGUGCUGAGCUCCUGAAAGAUACAAUGCAGUCUCUGUUUGGAGACCUGUUGGAAAGCCAUGAAAAGGCCAGAGAAAGCAUCCUUGUGGUCAACACAUUGCCAUGGGAACGAACCGAAGUCAUUGCCAAAGCUGGCGCAGGAGGAUCGGAAACUUUAGCUCUGGUGACAGUUCCUAGCAUGGGUUACUGUGCCAUUCAGGAUUCAUUAUCUCCUCCGUAUCCGGUGACAGUGACAAAAGAGGCAGAUGGUUCAGUGAUCAUGGAAAAUGGUAUAGUCCGAGUUCACCUGGAUACUGUGGGGCGUGUGACUUCACUGUAUUUAAUAGAAUCUGAGAGAGAGUCCAUCACUGAAGGUCACUGUGCUAACCAGUUUGUGAUAUUUGAUGAUGUUCCUUUGUACUGGGAUGCCUGGGACGUGAUGGAUUACCAUUUGGAGACUAGGAAGCCUAUCACACAAGUCCUUAAACCAAUGGAAAUUAUCCUGUCGGGGAGGUUGCGUGGCAGUGUGAAGUUCUCUUUGCAGAUCAACCAGAAGAGCAUCCUUACCCAGGAAAUUAUCCUGGAUGCAGCAUCCCCUUGCGUCCGCUUUCAGACUCAGGUUGCCUGGAAUGAAGCCCACAAAUUCCUCAAGGUGGAAUUCCCAGUCAGGGUUCGCAGCUCAAAUGCUACAUAUGAGAUCCAAUUUGGCCAUCUCCAGAGACCAACACAUUGGAACACAUCUUGGGACUGGGCUCGCUUUGAGGUGUGGAGCCAUAAGUGGAUGGACCUGUCUGAACAUGGCUUCGGAGUGGCACUGUUGAACAACUGCAAAUAUGGCUGCUCAGUUCAUGGCAACGUGAUGAGCCUUUCCUUGUUAAGAGCACCAAAGUCUCCUGAUGCCACUGCAGAUAUUGGACACCACCAGUUUACCUAUGCAUUGAUGCCUCAUGUAGGUUCCUUCCAGGAAGCCCAGGUGGUCCACCAGGCAUAUAAUCUGAACUUCCCUCUCCACACCAUGCCAAGUAUCUCAGGGCAGUGUCCAUCUUGGAGUGCCUUCUCUGUACAGUCUCCAGCUGUUGUUCUGGAGACAGUAAAGCAGGCUGAGGACAGACCAAAUGCACUGAUCAUCAGGCUCUAUGAAGCUCACGGCAGUACGGUCAUCACUUGGCUCCAAACAUGUCUUCCAGUCCAAGAGGCAAUCAUGUGUGACCUCCUCGAACAGCCUGAUCCUAGCCAUUGUUUGGCACUGGGGGAGCAUGGUCUAAAGCUUUCCUUUACACCAUUCCAAGUACAAUCUGUGAUGCUGGUCUUGAAACAGCAAAGCAGUAAUUGAAUUGGUAGCAGCAUAAACUGCUGCUUGGAGUACUGAUUCACCAUUUCCAUGGGUUCAUUUUUCUGCUAAUCAUGAGAUAAGAGGUGGAAGAGUUGGCUUUAGGUUUGUACCCUGUGUGCUGUUUUUUAUUAGAAAACUCAGGUCUACCUAGAAGCCAGAUGGAAAACAGAGCAAGGAUGCAAACCUUCCUAAAUUUGGUUCUUGUGGGCCAGAAUGAACAAUUUUACUAUUUUCC